UGAAGAUUUAUGAAAUAAUUAUAGCAUCAAAAGACAAUUAAAUACGUUAUUAUUUAUUUAUCGUUUAUUAAUUUUACUGUUUUAUAUUCAAAAAACACAGCCAUUGUUUUGAAGUUGGCAGUAGUUAAAGACCGCGCACUUAUUUACGUCAAAAUUUGCUGGAAUCAAAACAUGGUGGUAAACAAUUUGUGUGUGCAAAUGUUAUUUCUUAGUGUUAUAUGAUGCAAAACUAAAUUUUUAUACAUGCUCAGUGCAAAUUAAAUCAGUUAUAAAUGUUCGCGUUUAAAAAAUGUCCGCCACAAAGAGGAGCAGACGACCUCCAAAAAGAUUUGUAGAAUUGAACGAUGAUCCACCAAAAUGUAGUACAAAACCCAAACCUGAUAAAGAUCUCGUACUUAAAAUACUACCAUUAGAAUACACACCUUUAAAGACAAUGUAUUUCAAUAUUCUAAAUGCUGGAUCGCAAAAUGAGGAAGUCUUAGCAAAUUCAGAUAACAUAACCAAAAUGAGUGAGGGCUCCAAAACUGUGGAAACCAUCACCAUUGUUGAUAUAAAUGAAAUUAAAAACAGAGGUAGUAGAAAGAGAACGUUAAAGACUAAUACAAAUGAUGGUACAAAAGUUUCCACACCAAGAAAUAUAUCGUCAACAGAAAAAAUUAGACCAAAAGCGGUCAAAACCAGGAUAAUAACACCAUCGGAAUCUAAUUAUAAGUCUGAUACAAACCUAAAGAGCCCAAUAACACAAAACACUGGACCUAUAAAAAUAGCUAAUGUGCGGACCAUAACAACAGAUGAUAUCCAAUCCAUGUAUAAAAAAGGUAGUGACAUAACAAAAUCAGUAACAAUUACUCCAGUAGUAUCCAGUACACAAAACACCAAUAAAACUAGUUCCAUUACCACUCCAAAUAGAAAGUUAUUAACUACAAAAGACAGCCCGGUGACUGCUAUUGUACUAAAGACAAAACCCAUAAUUCGUCCGGUGUGUAGUGAGAAGCUAGGUUUAAAACCGUUGAACAUAACUGAACCAAUAGUAAUAGACGAUGAUGAAAUUGUGAGUAAAGACAACCCGGUGAGUGAUAAAAAUGGAACAGUAGGCAAAGAUUCACAACCAGAAACCAAUAAACAACCACAAUCAAUUCAUUUAGGGCAGUCGGUUAUAACAAUUGAUGAAAAUGGGUCUGUGCGUGUUGAAAUAUCAGAAACCAAUGUGCAAAAUGAUAAACCUGGUGCUACAGUAAAUAAUAGUUCAAAAGUAACCAAUGACAGCAGUUCAAAAGUAACUAAUGACAGCAGUUCAAAAGUAACUAAUGAGAGCAGUUCAAAAGUAACUAAUGAGAGCAGUUCAAAAGUAACUAAUGACAGCAGUUCAGACAAAGUUAGCAAAAAGCUUGAUGAAAAUGAGUCUAUUGUUAUAGAUGAUGAAGACGAUGAGCCAAUAAUACAAAAUAAAGAUGCAAAUAAAGAUAAACUGACAUCAGAGUCCAUUAUCUCACCUGUGAAACGGAUCAAGGGUGUGAUAAAAAAAGGUAACAGAAGAUUUAUCAUCACCGGUAGAAGAGAGCCGAUAAAAUUAGAUAAAGGUGGACUGGUGAACAGAAUGAUUGCAAAAAUUAAACCUGUGUUGCAAAAAGAACCGGAAGUCCAACCGGUUGUAACAGAUCUGAGUGCAAAAUAUGAUAAAAGAUUCUUCUCGUCUUAUGUGAACUUGAAGAUGAUAAAUUUUAAUCAGUAUGACAAAGUUAGUGACCAAACGUACAAGUUGAAGAGGGAGAAAAGAGUGAAUUUUGCUAGUGAUACUUUGGUUGUUCCAAGGACCCCAAAAAGAAAACUUGAUGUUGACGAAACGGUGUCACCAAAAAGAAGAAAACAAGAUCCGCCACAAUUAGAGGAUGUUAUAGAACCAGAAGCGCAUGUUAUAGAACCAGUAACAAAUCCUCUUAUCCCUGAUUCGACUUCCAAACUCUACGGGUUGAUUCUAGAGAAGCAGCAAAACAAUGACUUCACAGAUCCCUUUGAGGCCCCACGCAAGAACUUUCCGUUUGAGAGUGUUGCUUAUCGAAUAAGCAAAAUGAAGAAUGGAAUUAAAAUGCCUUCGCACCAGUGGUGUUGCUCCCUACGCCACAACAUAGUCACAGCAAAGCCCAGCACAAACAGAGCCAUUGGUAGCUUCCAAUUAGGAGGCAGAGAAACCAUCAUGUACUACGACGAGAGUGACAUCAUUAAAUACGUCAGUACAUUUUCUGAAAUAAUUAAAAUGUCCAGCUUCAGUUUCAAACGUUACAAACUGAUAUACGCAAAUGAAAGUGUCUCAUCAGAAGUAGAUAGAAAAGUUACAAUUUUUAAAAAUGGUGAUUAUACAAUUAGUAUGGAUGGCAUUUCGAUAAGACUCUGUGCAGCGCCUUUGAAAGUGAGGGAUGUGAAAGAUAUCGAAAUUCUUUUAGAUAUUAUUGAUCAUAUUAAUUUGAAACAUGAUUUAAUCAUAGCAUAG